AUGCACCACGUUAUGAUAAUCAAAGAGACGAUAAAAGACCCAGUAGAGCAAGGCUCAAUGCAUUCGGUAGCCGUGCAAUUUGACCAGAGAAACUCGCAAUUCGUCAACCUACAAGCAACCGCAGACGGCUCACUUUUGUUUUCUUUUCGAAUUCUCGACUCUGCCUGCGCUGUCAAAGGUAGCAAGCUGCGGCCACGAGAGAAACGCCGUCACUUCGUCCAUGUCGAGAGCGCCUUGUAUAACAGACUUGUCAUGUGUGACUGGCCACAGAAGAACCUCCAGCUGUUCCUCCCGGCCUCGCAAAUCAAGGGAUGGAAGACAGCUGCAUUGAUCCUUUUGACGUUCAACCGGAUCACCACGGACAAAUGGCGUUGUUUGGUGAACAUCAGAGAUUCCUACUCCAUGGCGGGACUGGAUUGGAGGCAGGUUGAGAUGAAUAUGAAGUUGAAAGAAAAGCAAGCGGUGAUAUAUGCUGCAAAGCUCAAUCAGAAGAUGCCAGUAUACAAAAACCAUGCAGGAGUGAUAUCCUUGCAGAAGAGCCAUGAGAUCACGGGUGGGUAG